AUGCCAGAUUAUCCAGGUCUCGGCCUUCCCUUGCACUAUGAUCCACAGAAAGUCUCCGACAACAUAAGUCAUUAUCCAAUUGGUGCCCAUCAAGGCUGUUGGGGUGCGAAGUCGAAACUAAUUUACGUCCGAGAGCUUGCCAUGAUGAGCAUUAUGGACCAUCUCACGGAUAAGGAAGAUUGGCAUAAGAAAGUCUUCAACGAGAACAUUGUUUCCAAGUGGCGUGCAGAAGCUCUAGCCAUUCCAGACGAGCAAUUUUGGAUGAUGGCGUUUCGUGAUAAACGACAAACUCGGAGCUACGACGGCAAGAUUAACUUUGGUCACGAUGACCUUGGCAGACAAAUAGAAGAGAUCAUGGAUGCCAGUACUUUUGAUUGUUGUAUCGAAGAACUUCGAAGUAAGGCUAAACAUUAUGAGAAAACCAGUGUAAUCCCAACUCUUGACGCCUGCGCAUCUGUUGCCAAAUCUGAUCAUUUGGUCUCUGCUGAGCUCCAUAAAUCUCUGCGCGAGGCGUUUGAGACGCUCAAGAGGGAUCAAUAUUCAUCACUUGACUGGCAUCCGAACUCGAGAGAAAUGGUUCAAGAUCUUGUACAUCCUUCAAUGUACCCUUUAGUCUACGGUCGUAGUCGAGUCAUGAAGGAUGAAGUCGUUGGAGUCGAUGAUGCCAUUGAGAAAUGGGCAGGAAAAGGUGAGAUCAUCCCAUUGGGAGGGGCAAGCUUCAAGCAAACAAGCGCCACCACUAAGGGAUAUCAAAGUUGCGGCGCAGGACGAAAGCAUUAUUGGUCAAACAAAUAUCAAUGGUUGCCUGCAAACAUAGCUUUCCAAGAAGAUGGCACAGUCAAGUUUACCAGUUACAUCAACAACAUUCAUCCCAUCAAAUACCCUGAGAUUUACCGCACAAUUGAAAAGUUGGUGGAAACUACUCUUCCUUUAUGGAAUCAAUGUCUUGCUCUUAAUAUCGACUACGAUAAAAAUUAUGGUGCGGGAAGGCUAGAGCCUCGGUUCCCAUACCCUGAUGUCCGGGACGACGAAGAUACGGAGCUUUGGAAUCCUCCGGGCCCUAAGCAAUUAGUUAGCCAAAAUAAAUCCAAUUUUGACACUGGUGAUGAAGAUGAAAUAGAUAUCGAGUGUACUGACGAUGAAAUGGAAGAGGAAGAAGCUGAAGAACGAUGGAGGCAAACACGCGAACCCGUCAUUCCAGAGCCUUGUUUCAAAGAUGUUGACUAUUCAAUCAAGAUUCGCCUCGAACAUCAAUUUCAAGAGUCCGGUCUCCAAAUCAUCAUCAAGAUGGCAUCCAUUGAACUUACUCCCGAAAAGCCUGAAUUUCCGGCGGGUAGUUGGCAUAUCGAGGGACAAAUGAAUGAGCACAUUGCCGGUACUGCGCUCUACUAUCUUGAUAGUGAAAACAUCACCUCAAAUGACCUCUCAUUCCGUAUGCAGACACCGGAGGAAAAUUACGAUGACCUCGGCACUGGACAAGACUCCUAUUCUUGGCUAGAACAGGUUUUUGGAACAAAUCUGGGACAAGGAAAAUCACCAUGUCUUCAAAAUUAUGGCAGUGUUAAAACACGUCAGGGAAGACUGCUUGCUUUUCCUAACGUCUUUCAACACAAAGUUUCAUCUUUUCGCUUAGAAGAUCCGACCAAACCAGGCCAUCGACGAUUUAUCGCCCUAUGGCUCGUGGACCCAACCUUGCGUGUCAUUUCCACUGCCAACGUCCCACCACAACAACUGGAUUGGUGGGUCGACUCUGUAUUUGGAAAUACCCCGGAGAGUCGGAGAGAAGCUAUGUCGAAGCUUCCUGCGGAAUUAGUAAUGCUCUUGAAUGAGAACGGCUUAAAUUUGGAUACUUCGGCAAAAGAUAUGAAAUUCUCCCCGGAGUUGAUGGAAAUGGUGCGAGAGCACUUCAAUACCGGUGGCGAUCCAUUACUUAUGGGAGUCGAGGAGGCCAAGGAGCAUAGGCUUAAACUGAUGGGGGAACGUGGCGCGUUUGUGAGAACGGUUGGUCAGGAAUGGCAUGAUUUGAGUUAUAAUUUCUGCGAGCAUUGA